UUAUCAUCUCAUUUUUCUGGAUCCUGGAAAUGGGGUUCCGCUCCUUCCAUUCCAGCUGGUGUACGUAUAUGUAGUUUGAUUGAUAGAGCUUCAACCAGAUGGUCUCCAGCCUUCUGCCAUCCACAGACCUCUCUAUAUAUACCGGCAUCUUCUGAAUAAUAAUGCUCUAAACAUGAUUAAUUUCUACAUAAUCCCGAUUAAUUAAUUGCAUGCUACGUACUUCCCCCAGGAAUAUACCAUAAGAAGAUCAAAAAAAGGUGAUGAAGCCCUUCAAUUCAAUUAUUUCAACGCCAGCCUAUCUGUGACGACUAAAUGUCAUGUGUUAUUCUCCAAGCCACCAGAGAUCACACAUCCCGCCUUUAAACAAUUCAAUUCAAUUCAAUCACACCCAGCAGUAUUCUCUCCUCCGCCUCUUCCCCUAUAAACAGUGCGAUCUUCCUUGGCAUACAUACUUCACUAACACAUCUCCCCAAUCGCCACUGAAUCCGCUCAGUACUGAUCGACCUUUGCGACAAUGUCAACCACGCUUCAUCUCCUCUCCGCUCUCCUCUUCUCCUAUUACCUCCUCUUCCCGACCGCAUCCGAGCUCUGCAACCCGAGCGACAAGAAGGUCCUGUUGGCGAUCAAGGAGGCCUUCAAUGACCCUUACGUCCUGAUCUCGUGGAAGCCCGACACCGACUGCUGCGUCGAGUGGAACAACGUGGAGUGUGAUGAGACCACCCACCGGAUCACCUCCGUCACGGUGGUCGUCGGGGACCUUCCGGGACAAAUCCCCGCCGCCAUCGGCAACCUCCCUUAUCUCGAGACACUGAGACUCCACAAGCAGGCCAACCUCACCGGGCCCAUCCCCUAUGCCAUCACCAAGCUCAAGAACCUUAAGUACCUCGACCUCACCUGGAACAACCUCACUGGUCCCGUCCCCUCCUUCCUCAGCAAGCUUCAGAACCUCGUCUAUCUCCAUCUCUCCUUCAACAACUUGUCUGGUUCAAUCCCGAGCUCCCUCUCCACCCUCCGCCCCCUUUCAUCCCUCCGCCUCGACAGAAAUAAGCUCACUGGCACAAUUCCUGCCUCCCUCUCCGCCAUCAAAGGUAAUGGCCUGUACCUUAUCCUGUCUCACAAUGGCCUCACCGGCGAGAUCCCAGCUUCAUUCAAGGACACGGACUUCGGGCAGGUGGAUGUGUCCCGUAACAAGCUUAAAGGGGACAUAUCCAUGUUCUUCGGGCCAAACAAGACCACGCAGAUCAUGGACUUCUCCCGGAACCAGUUCGAGUUCGACAUGACGAAGCUUGAGGUGUAUAAUGAAUUGAUCUCCCUGGACCUAAACCACAACAAGAUCUACGGGAGCUUCCCAAAGGCAAUGACUGAAUUGCAAUACCUGCAGAUCUUCAACGUGAGCUACAACAGGCUCUGCGGUCAGAUUCCGGUAGGAGGGAGGCUCCAGAGUUUUGACUAUACCACCUACUUCCAUAACCGGUGCCUCUGUGGAGCUCCGCUCAAUGUGACCUGCUCGUAAACUAGCCACGAUCAUAAUGGCCCGGUUGGGUUGGGCUCCAUGGAGCUCAAGGCUUGCCAGAUGCGGCUCCAUUAACCCCGUUGGAGUCUCGAAUCUGCAAAUUUUAUUUUCUAUGGUUUUCCCCCUUCCCGAUACCGCGUCCAAGAUACAGGGUAUAGGGACUUAUUUUGAAUUGAACGCGGUAUGAAUUAAUUAUCCGAUUGAUUGAUUGAAGUAAUAAAGCGGGGAUCCACUGUGUUUGACUCAA